AAACCCAAUUAUUUCCUUGCUCGUGGAAUCAAAGAUUUCAUGUAUCUGCUUAAUACUAAAAUUUCGACGGAGAGCAGCCGCCAUUCUGAAACGAAGAUUUGUCGUCAACAUGGCUACAAGCAACAGAGAAAGUCGGCGGAGGAAAAUCGUUGAAAGAGGAUCCGACCGCUUGGCUUUUAUUAAGGGUCGAAUCGAAAACCUGCCUUCUCAGUCGCUUGACCAAACCGACAGCGACCCUCUUCAGCCGCUGGUUCCCCACGACCAAGAUCCUCCACCCACCAUCGCAACUCAAGCCGCCGCUUCUCCUGAUGCCCAUGCUAAAGCCGCUAGUCCUGUGUUGCCAAAACAUGAUUAUUUUGAUGCUGGUCAGAGUCCGACCAGUGCUUAUAAUGGUGAAAUUGGUGAGGGAUCAGUUUUGCACAGAAGCGGGACGAGCAUUGAUUCUUCAAAAUAUCCUGCCUUGGAUGCAAGUGUUGAGGCGAAUUUAUUGCCAGUUUUGUUGGAUGAUCAAAGUUCAUUUAGUUCUACUUCAGGAUUGGAACAGCAGUCAGAAACACGGACACGACAAAACAAUUUUUUCACUCCUAAGCAAAUAAGUUCUGCCAUUGAUGCAUCUGAGAAGACACGCCUUCUAUGUUCAGUAACUGUGGCUAUUUUAGUCAUAUUGUCACAUUUGGGAUUUCCUUUUCUAGGAAACAGAUUCUUAGGGAGCAUUAUUAGCUUUAGGCCUCUUUGCUUCAUUUUGCUAACCAAUUUAACGGUGGUGAUUGCGAGACUUCUUGUUGGUGAUUGUGGAGGUUCUCAGAGAGCUAUCAGAGAAGAGAACAGGAAUGCUUCCACAGAGGAAAAUAAUUGGGCUGAGCAAUUAAGCAAGACUUUGGAGGUUGGAUUGGUAGCGCAGAAGGUGAUUGAUGCGGUGUUCAUGGAUUGCAGUGUAUAUGCAGUAAUUGUCAUAUGUGGAAUCUCCUUCACAUAGCAAUUCAGCAAGCAUAUUUCUGUUGAUUAGUUUCGCCAUGUGUUAGGUGUUGUAUGUUUUAGCUCCCCACUGAACUUUUCCGAGCUGAAUAGAUCAAGAAUGAUAUUCUUUUGUGUACUUGUGAGUCAUUUUUUUUAAUAUUACAAACUAUAUAUAAUAAAGUAUCGGUUUGCAUAUCUGUAAUUCUCACACUGCAAUUGUGUGGUACCUGAAUUGAUUUACCAGAUACCAGGAA